AACCAAUCCAUGACCUUCUCUUUCAACCACAAACCACACAUUUGAUUUCUCCUUGUUCUUGGCCUAACUACUACUACAAUUUAACCAUUUUCUUUUCCCCAAGAAAAAAUCAUUUUUUUUUGUUUUGAUGAACAAGAAUCUAGAUUGAAAAGGGGCCAACCCCACUUGUCUAAUAUAUACUAUCUCAAUCAUCCUUUCUUUUUUUCUUCAUCCAUCUCCAUUCUUUUUCUUUCUUUCGUGUUCUUUGUUUCAUUUCCUUUGUAUAUUUGCUCCAAUUGGGAGUCAAAUAUAAUUAAAUAUAAGCACCUAGAUUUGGUUUUCAAAAUCCUUCCUUUGAUUCUUCCAAGAAAGACCUUGGUGGUGGCCUUUGUUUGUUUGUUUGUUCCCCAUUAAUUUGUACACAAAAAAGUUGGUAUUUUGAUUAAAAGGGGUCUUUGUAUCUGGACUCAUCUCCUCUUUUUUCAUUAUUGGGGGAUUUUUCCAGGUGUCAGAGGCCCAUAUCAGAUCUGUCAUUCAUCUUAGAGUACAAAAAAAAUCCAUUCUUUAGUGUGCAUAUGAACUCUACUGGAGUCUUGAUGUGGGAAUUUGUACAUAAAUAGAGGAUAAUCUUCCACUUUCCCCUUUGCUCUUGUGUCUAAAUCUAUGUGAAAACACUUACCUAUUGUUUCCUUUUUCUUCAUCAGGAUAAAGGGUGUCUGUAUAUAGUAGUAGAGUUUAAUCAAUCAAUCUUGUUAGACUUUUGGCGAGGCCCACAGCUUAUUUUGGUGGGCUUCGUCAAGCCAAUAGAAGUAUAAAAUCUGUAUUUUGCUUUAUCUCCUUCUUAAGAAAGGGUGUAUUAGUUAUAUAUAUAAUUGUUACAGAAGAAAGAGUAAAACAAAUAGAGUUUUACUGACCUUACUUUAACAUAGUUGGUCACCUAACUUUUGAUCUUUUCCUCACAUGAUUUAUGCUUAAGUUGAUAGCUUUUUCAACUUUAACAGAUGCUUUUCUUAUUGAUAACUUGCUUUACUUUUAUUACUUUCCUUUGUAAGUCUCUUUCCCUUAAGCCACUUCCCUUAUGGAGUAGUUCUGAUGUGAGAUGUUUAUCAAUCUGGUUUUGGAAUGAUUUCUUGAUUUUGAACCCUUUCAAGAAAGAAUCUUUUAUGUCUUCAAAUAUGAUGACACUGAGGAGGAAGAGCUUCAGCUAUAGAGUAGAUAAUGUUGAGGCAAAUUCAGAAAUGUCUGUGUUGGAUUUGCCUGAAUUGGUUUUGGAAUGUAUUCUUGAGAGGCUCCCACCAGAGGGACUUUGUAGUAUGGCAAGUGUUUGUAGCUCUCUGAGGGAGAAAUGCACUCGUAAAUAUCUUUGGGAAAAGCAUAUGAAAGAAAAAUGGGGCAGAGUUCUUGGCCCUGCUGCUCAUACAGAGUGGCAGUUGCGUAUUUCUUCAAGAAAUGAUUCAAGUUUCUUUAAUCAGGCCAAAGAAAGAGGUUUAAUGACUUACCUCUCACAGUUUUGGCCUAUUUCAUUAGUUAGAUCCAAUUCUAGUACUAGUUUCCAGAAAAAGGUUUCUCCAGCUAUUGAUUCAAUCAUGUCUAUGUAUAUUGCUCUUGAAUCUGGCAACUUUUGGUUCCCUGCUCAAGUAUACAAUCGCGAGAAUGGCCAUGUUGGUUUUAUGCUAUCUUGCUAUGAUGCUGAGCUUAGCUAUGGUCGAAGAACCGACACUUUCCAGGCCAGAUAUCCUCCACAUGGAAGGAGGGCAAUGGCAAUAGAGACAGGUGUAACAUGGGAUAGAUUAAGAGUUCCCCCUCUUGAUAUCUCUCCACAUGCUCUUUAUAUCUCUGAUUGCUUGACUGAAUUAUGCCCUGGUGAUCACAUUGAGAUUCAAUGGAGAAGAAACAAAGAAUUCCCUUAUGGCUGGUGGUAUGGUGUUGUAGGCCACUUGGAAACAUGUGAUGGAAAUGAGUAUUACUGCCGCUGUCAUGAUAGUGAUACCGUAGUGCUAGAGUUCAAGCAGUAUACUCAUGGAUCGCGGUGGAGGACAACACACAUUGAUAGGAAAGAUCAUCGCGAGGAAGGAAAUGAGGCUGAUGGAUUUUAUGGAGGAAUUCGGAAACUUAAGAGCAAUGAAGAGAUUUCUAUGUGGAGACACCUGUGGCCAUCCGAUGUCUUGGAGUAAGUUGCAAGCUCACCAUUGUUGGCAGAAAGCUCAUAUAUGAGGAAGUUACACCAGGACUUGGAAGUUAGUAUUUUCAGUGUACCACUUGUAUUGUUUUGUGAUCAGUGGGGGAGUUAUUUUAACACUGAUCCCUAAUUGUUUUUAAAUGAUUACCACGUUUUACAGAUCGAUUUGUUUAGUAAAAUCUAUUAAAGCUCAAGUUUAGCUUCUUGUACUAAGUAAUUAGAUUGUUGAUCCACCUUUAUGGUUUCUGUUUAUCAAUAAAAGGACAGAAGCUUGGUUAUUGGAAUA